AUGCUGUCCUUUCCCCGUGUGGUGGCCUGCUCACGGACCUGUUCCCGCUUCCUAGGGCUGAGCCUGGGGACCACAUCCCUGUGUGCUGCCGGUGCCAACAUCGCACUACUCUUUCCUAACUGGGAUGUGACCUACCUGAUGAGGGGACUUAUUGGCAAACAUGCCCUGCUGGGCUCUGGGCUCUGGGGAGGAGGCCUCAUGGUUCUCCUGGCAGCGACUCUCAUCUCCAUGACAGGCAGCUUCAGGAAGAGUGCACCCUGCCUGCAGGUGCUCACUGCUCUGUUGUCAAGUGGCCUGGCUCUGCUUGGGGCUGUGAUUUGCUUUGUCACUUCUGGAGUAGCCUUGAAAGAUGGUCCCUUUUGCAUGUUCGAUGUCUCAUCCUUCAAUCAGACACAAGCUUGGCAAUUCGGCUAUCCCUUUAAAGAUCUGAGCAACAGGAAUUAUCUGUAUGACCAUUCACUUUGGACCUCCGUCUGCCUGGAGCCCUCUAAAGCUGUGAUUUGGCACGUGGCCUUCUUCUCCAUCCUCCUGUGCAUCAGCCUCCUCCAGCUUCUCCUGGUGGCCAUCCAUCUUGUCAAUAGCAUCCUCGGUCUGUUCUGCAGCUUCUGUGAGAAGUGCUAGGGAACAGAUGCCCUCUCAUGAAUUGGUGCUCUCAGGGCAAGCUUCCCCCAGUUCUCUUCUGCAAGAAUGGGC